AUGGCCCAUGUCAGCUAUAAUAUUUCCAACAUCCUGUUAGCAUACACAUCACAUUGUAGUGUGGAUGAUAGAACAUAUACAUGGCUACAGGCACGGCUCGAUGAUUUAGUUUCUGAUUAUAAAGGCAGACUCGCCGUUCAAAUUUCAGGUGCCCGCCCUAAAAGAGACCUAUUUGGAGAUGUCGCAGGUCUCUUUGGGUCAGGGAAUUCUAUUGCAAAUACCUACCAAAUCUCUAAACAAUCACAAUAUUCGGCGUGGUUGGCAAAUCAGGUGGCCACUGGUUUCCAACACAUCACUAAUAGCAAUGAAAAUAUAAUCAAGGCUGUUAGAUCAGAAGCGCAGGCGCUCCUCUCGAUCAGCCAUUUAUUAUUUAAUCAGACCCGUACCAUCGAGCGUGACUUAGCCUGUAGAACGUAUGCUCAGGAUCUAUUUACUGCAGCCAGACAAGAGGUUUUAGACCUUCGCCUGCGCAAAACCCCUAGGCAUGCUCUAAGUGAUCUCAUUGAAACCUUGGACUUGCAUAGGUGGAUUACGUCAGAGAAGAUGAGAGACAUAAAUUACUCAGAAUUAUUAACAACCGUAAUGAUGUUUACUGGAACUGAGUGUGCCGGAUGUAUUGGAUUCUUUGUGUCUUUUCCCUUAAUUCACCCAGACCAGGUCUACCCAAAUUCCACUACGAUACGCUCUAUCGGUGUAGUAGUGAAGGAUCAGGUUCUCAAAUUGGAUCAUUUGACAGGUUAUAUCACCAUGAGGGGCACAGAGACCAUCUUUACCACUCGCACGUGUUGUCAUGAAACAUCCAGCUACGUCAUCUGCACAUGUAACACCCUUCAACCUUUCUCCCACAAUGACACCAAACUUAUUAGUGUUCAGUCAUUACAUGGCCAUGCUGAUGCCAUACAGGUGUCCCACACACAGUGGUGCGUCAUCAGCGAGAUGAACUCCUUCACGUAUGGAGGUCUGACCUGUCCAGCGAACCACACAUUCUGUUUAGAAGUGACGGAGGACUUGUCGAUGGGUCAGAUUAACAUUCUAGGGAGAAUUCCAUUGGAAGUGGAUGUUUCCCCGUGGUGGGAGGACACCUUUUACGAACAAGGCACACGGGCUCUGACUGAACUCAUGGGUUUGGUGCAGCGGGUGGUCCGAGAGACUAACUAUCACCUCAACCAAGCGCAGGUGGAGGUGAAUUUGGCCAGGAAAACAGCAGAAAUCCUGGCCAGCUCCUCUACCCGUUCUGCGCAGGACGCCUACACGUGGUGGGACUGGGUAUUCCGAGGGUCCGUGAUGGCCAGCACCCUCAUCUUUGUGUUUACCUUGUUUCAGUGUUGUUAUUUCCGUUGCCUUAUCCGCUCCCUACGCUCCUCUACCCAUGCUGCUUUGGUGCUCAGCCCCCUGCAGCUGCCGACAAUGCCGGGACUGAGACCCUAA